AUGGGUAAAAAGGACAAGAAGGGGAAAAAGAAAGUUGAAGAAGAUUGGGAAGAGCAAGCCAAGCCAAAGCUUUUACGGGAGCCUGCUAAUGAAGACGUCAAAGUUAAUAUAAUUGAACAAGAACAAACACCUGUAGUUGAAGACGAUGAAUUUGGAGGAUUAAUGGCGCAGAUAUCUAAAGUAAUCCCUGUCGUUUUGACUGAAGUUCAAGCGGUCCAACCUGAUGAUUGGGUCGAUGAAGAAUUUGGCGCGUCGACUAAUAAAGCAGAUAAGAAAAAAGCUCAGGCUGCAACUCAAAAAAUUGUUGAGGUAGAGAAUAAAGAAGACAUUAAAGAAAACGCUCAGUUGGCCGCAAUUAGGAAAGCUUUGGAAGCCCAACGCGCUGAAGAAGAAGCGAGAAAGAAAGAGGAAGAAGAACAGCAAAGGAAACUUGAAGAGGAGCGUAAACGUAUAGAGGAAGAAGAGCAACAGUUAAAAAAAGAGGGGAAAUUGUUGAGCAAAGCUCAGAUAAAGAAGAAACAGCAAGAUCAGUUACGAUUACAACAAAUGAUGGAAGCUGGUCUCAAGAUCGAAGGCCUUAGUCAAGAAGGUGAACCGAAACCAAGGAAGGUUGUAUAUACUAAUAAAAGGAAACAGCCAAAUAAACAACGAGCACCACAAAUUGAAGCUGAACCAUCUAGCAACGUGGGAGAUUCUAUUGAGCUUGUGUUGAAUGAGAAAGUAGAAACUAAAGGAGAAAUAGAAAAGGAAAGCCGGGAACAACAAGAACCGGAAGAAGAAAAGGUAGAAAUUGCCACAAAGGCAUCUCAUGUAGAAGUUAAAGAAAGUUGGGAAGAGAGUGAAGAUGAGGAAAUUAAUAAUAAAGUCGAAGAAAAUGUUAAAGAACAAUGGGAUCAAAUUGAGGAAACAGCAAUUAAGGUUAAAUCUCCUGUUAAGAAAUCUGUAAAAGAGCAAUCCGAUGCGGAAACCGAAGAAUCUGAAGACACUGAAAUGGAAGGCAGCGAAGAUGCAACAGAAAGUGAUGAAGAAUUAACUGAACAUAAAAAGCAAUUGAUGAAACGUAAACAAGAGGCUGCUGAACGUCGUAAACAACGUCACGAAGAGGCUCUUGCCGCCCGAAGCAAAGAUAAUCUUCGUUCUCCAAUUUGUUGUAUCUUGGGGCACGUUGACACUGGCAAAUGUUUAGGAAAAGGCACUCCUAUUUUGAUGUAUGAUGGUAGUGUUCGUGCUGUUGAAACAAUUCGAUCAGGGGAACAAGUAAUGGGUGACGAUAGUACACCUCGAAAUGUUAGCGGAGUUACAAAUGGGAAAGGACUUCUUUACAAGAUUAUCCCAACAAACAUUUCUUCCGCUCAACCAUUUGUGUGUAACGAUGCACAUAUUCUUGUUCUUAAAAUUACGUCAUUGCCACGGAUACAACAUGUAGAAAGAGAUGAUCAAAAUCAAUUUUGUCUUAAUUAUUUAACUUAUGAUAAGAGCACAAAUUUGGUUAAAAAAACUGAUAAGUUUUACAGAUAUCCGACAAUUCUAUUUCCGACCAAAUAUCAUGCAGAAAGAACUGCCUAUAAGGAUUUAGAGUUGUUAAACUUCAAUAAAAAUUCAACUAUUAGUAAUGCAGACUUGGAAAUUGUUCUUGUGGAUUUCAUCUGGCAACCUUCUGUUACGCAAUUCUUAAAUUGUUCUCCAGAAAUUCGAGCUGCUGCCAAAAUGUUCAUACCAAAUAGUGUUCGUUUUUCAACUCGGGAAGGAGCAUUUGCAAAGAUAAUUGAACGAGUUAUUGGGUCAUCUAUAACCGAUGACUUUGUUAGAUCCUGUGCUUGGUUAAUUGGUUAUUGGAUAGGUACAAAACAAGCUAAAUGUAAACGUAGUAAUAGUUAUGAUGAUAUUUCGAUGUUUUAUCAAGAAAUUUUAUUGUAUAUUAAGAAUAAGAUUAUUAAUCAAGAAACUUUGGCUUCUUUGUUUGGCGAACUUGGUAUCUUACGAAGGAAAGAUAUUCCAGAGGUUUUGAUGUAUGAAGACGUUGAUUCAGUUCGUCUUCAAUUGAUAGCCGGAAUUAUUGAUAGUAAAGGAUCAUGUCAUUCUCAGGAUGUUAUUGAAUUGACAUUCAUUAAUGAUUACAAUACCCAAAACUUUGCUAAGCUCGCCCGCUCUUGUGGAUUACGAGUCAACAUUGUUAAGUCUCAGAAUGCUUGCGUUAUAAAUAACGCUUAUAUAAUUCCUUCAGUUUUUCCUCGAUCUAAUUGUAUAAUAGACUCUAAAGAUUAUGGACACGAUCAGCUUUGGGAAUUUAAAGUUGAAGAAUUUGGCAUUGGUGAAUAUUUUGGUUUCGUAGUUGAUGGAAAUCAUCGCUUCUUGCUAAGUGACUUUACGGUAACGCAUAAUACAAAAUUGUUGGAUAAAAUCCGACAAACGAACGUUCAAGAGGGUGAAGCCGGUGGUAUCACACAACAAAUUGGUGCGACUUACUUUCCUAUGGAAACUAUCAAAAUUAAAACAGCUCCUUUAAACAAGGAUGGCAAACAAGAAUAUAAACUUCCGGGUUUGUUAAUUAUUGACACACCCGGUCAUGAAUCAUUCACAAAUUUGCGUUCUAGAGGUUCCUCGUUAUGUAAUAUAGCUAUUCUUGUGGUUGAUAUUAUGCAUGGUUUAGAGCCACAAACCUUGGAAUCGUUAAAAUUACUACGGGAUCGUAAAGCUCCUUUCAUAGUAGCAUUAAAUAAGAUUGAUCGUAUGUAUGAUUGGAAGCCUACACGAGAUAAUUCUUUCCUUGAUUCUUUUUCUAAACAAUCGGCAGCUGUUCAACGUGAAUUCAAAGAUCGUGUUGAGAAAACUAUCUUGGCUUUUGCUGAACAGGGACUCAAUUCUGUUUUGUACUAUGAAAACAAGAAUUAUGCCAAAAACGUUUCUCUUGUUCCUACUUCAGCAAUCACUGGAGAAGGUAUUCCUGAUAUGCUCAUGUUACUUAUUAAUUUAACGCAAUCAAGGAUGAGCAAUGAGCUAAUGUACUUGUCAGAAUUGGAGUGUACUGUGUUGGAAGUCAAAGUUAUUGAAGGUCUUGGCACAACUAUUGAUGUAAUUUUAUCUAAUGGUGUUUUAAAUGAAGGUGAUAAGAUUGUUUUAUGUGGUCUUAAUGGACCCAUAGUUACAACAAUCCGUGCUUUAUUAACACCACAGCCAUUGAGGGAACUUCGAAUCAAAUCCGCUUAUGUUCAUAAUAAAACUGUGAAAGCUGCUCUUGGUGUUAAGAUUUCGGCGCAAGAUCUUGAAAAGGCAAUCGCUGGUUCACGCCUAAUGGUUGUUGGACCAGAUGAUGACGAAGAUGAUCUUAAAGACGAGAUUAUGUCUGACUUAAAGAGCUUGAUGAGUUCAAUUGAUAAAUCUGGUAAAGGUGUAUGCGUGCAAGCUUCUACUUUAGGUUCUUUAGAAGCUCUCUUAGAAUUCUUGAAAACAUCCAAAAUUCCUGUAUCUGGAAUUAAUAUUGGACCAGUACACAAGAAAGAUAUUAUGCGAUGUGCCACUAUGUUGGAAAAAGCUAAAGAGUAUGCGGUCACUUUAUGUUUCGAUGUCAAAGUAGAUAAAGAAGCACAAGACUUAGCUGAAGAGUUAGGUAUUAAGAUAUUUAAGGCCGACAUUAUUUAUCAUUUGUUUGACCAAUUUACUGCUUAUCAUAAGGAAAUUUCGGAGCAGAAACGUAAAGACCAAGCUCCUCAAGCAAUAUUUCCCUGCAUUUUAAAAAUUGUCCCCGGCGCUAUAUUUAAUAAGAGAGAUCCUAUUAUAAUUGGUGUAGAUGUUGUUGAAGGUGUUUUGCGAACCGGAACACCUUUAUGCGUUGUUAAAACGGACCCUACAACUAAUCUACGUGAAAUUAUUAGCCUUGGCAAAGUGUCCAGUAUGGAACAAAAUCAUAAAGCAGUUGAAAUUGUGAAAAAAGGCCAAGCUGGUGGUGGUAUUGCUAUCAAAAUCGAAUGUGCUAUUUAUGAUAAUCCAAAAAUGAUUGGGAGACAUUUUGUAGAAACAGAUGAAAUAUACAGUAAGAUUUCACGCGUUUCAAUCAAUAUUUUGAAAGAAUCAUUUAGAAAUGAUUUAAGUAAAGAAGAAUGGCAAUUAAUGAUUAAAUUAAAGAAGAUAUUAGAUAUUAAUUAA